CACACUCUUCCAAAGUCAGGCAGAGGAGCGCACCGCUUUUGGGGAGCCAGGCAAUCAGUCGGCGUUUUCCUGCACUUUCAGAUGAGUUGCUCUGCCUCGUUAGACAUAUUGACGUAGCACACAGCUCAGUUGACGCCAGUUUAAGGAAUGUUUUAGAGACAAUUUGUCCCAAGUUAAGGGGCAAUUGGCGCGGGCGGUCUGAGCCCUGAUAAUGCGGAGAGAUCACGUCUCAGUAGUUCGUCGAUAUGAACGCAGCUCAAACGGACCCUAAAAACACCCCUUUCAUGGAUUGAAUGAUUGAUUGAUUGGUAUCAAAAUUUUUUGUUUUCCAUAUCAGAGGAUUUUCUGUCUCGUGUUAAGCUCAUAUCCCAAAAAAAUUGGUGGAUCAUUACUGGAAAGCAAGGAUUUUCGGAGGUGCGUCCAGUAUUUUUUGAAGAGUUGAAUGAGGAUAUUGAAUUUUUUUAUAGUUACGCCUGGGUCAAGGAUCCGGAGAGGGAAAUUACAGUCUUUUGCAAGGUGGAAAUAAUAGCCUAAUUGGAUCCCAACUCAUCUUCCUUGCCGCUGAAUCCAUAAUGAAGUCUGUCACAAUGUGGAUUUAUAUUUACAUCUUUCCCCUGCUCUUAGAUGAAGCAGCAGGUUCCUGGGGCGGUUCCUCAGCUUUGUCCUUGCCCUUGGCCGGCGAUGGAGCCACUAGCACCGGGUCUGGGCCUGGAGCCCAGCCAGAGUGGGUGGACUGCGUCCAGGCCAGUGACAUGUGCAACCAGAACCCUCACUGCAGCUCUCGGUACCGGGUGAUGCGCCAGUGCCUCGUAGGCAAGGAGAAGGACUCCAUGCUGGACACCAACAGGGAGUGCCAGGCUGCCCUGGAGGUGCUGCUGGUUAGCCCCCUGUAUGACUGCCGCUGCAAAAGGGGCAUGAAGAGGGAGCUGCAGUGUCUGCAGAGCUACUGGAGCAUCCACAUGGGGCUCACUGAAGGUGGCGAGUUCUAUGAAACAUCCCCAUACGAACCUGUGGCGCCCGUCCGCCAUCCUGACACGUUCCGCUUGGCCUCCAUCAUCUCAGGGAUGCACACUGUGGCCCCAAAAGGCUUCCAGUGUCCCGACACUGACAAAAACUGCAACCCCUGUCUGGAUGCCGCCAAAGCCUGCAACCUCAACAGCACCUGCAAGAAACAGCGCUCUACUUACAUUGCCACCUGCAGCAAGGGAGACCCCAACAAGGGAGAAACAUGCAACAGGAAGCGCUGCCACAAGGCUCUGAGACAGUUCCUGGACCGGGUGCCCCCAGAGUACAGCCACCGGCUGCUCUUCUGCCCCUGCCAGCACGAGGGCUGCUCAGAGCGCCGCAGGCAGACCAUCGUGCCCGACUGCUCCUUCAAGGACAAGGUCAAACCCAACUGUCUGGAGCUACGGCGGGUCUGUCGCCAGGACCCUCUCUGCAGGUCCAGACUGGCUGAUUUCCACAUGAACUGCCUGGUGACUCAACACACAGUGAGCAGCUGUCCCAAUGAAGACAAUUACCAGGCCUGCUUGGCCUCCUACGCCAGGCUCAUCGGGACAGACAUGACUCCCAACUAUGUCGACAGCAGCUACUCCAACUGGACCGUCUCCCCGUGGUGCACUUGCAAGGGAAGUGGGAACCAGGAAGAGGAGUGUAUGAACUUCCUGCAGGAUUUCACCGACAACACAUGCCUGAGAAAUGCCAUUCAGGCCUUUGGUUAUGGGACAGACAACAUGCAAAACAAAGAUGAGUCUGUCCCAGGCCCCUCAGCAACAGUGAAGGCGGGGCUGGACGGGUCGACAAGCACCUCAGAACCUUCCUAUAUCCCCAAUGACAUCCAGCCAGGGGACGAAGCACAAGGCAAGGGAAAUGGACCAAAGUGCAAUCUCUCCAAAGGUUACAUUUGUGGAGAUGAGCCUGUCGUGGAACCCAGCAGUGGUUAUGGUGGCCUGAGCAGACCCCAGGGCCAAGAGGAUCACUCAGCCUGUCUGCGUGCCAGCGUCUGGGCUCUGGUUCCCGGCCUGGGUCUGGCCCUGGUCCUGGCCCAGCAUGCCUUAUAGAAGCGCCAGGAGGAGAGAAAAAAAGAGGUCAUCCACCCACAAGCUGAUCCCAAAAGCAGAAGGUGUUAUUUCUGGGGCUGAUAUUAAGAAGGCUAAAUCUCUGGGCAGUUGUCAUAAAUGGCAUUUAUGAAAGAAGAAAACAAAAAGGAAGGAAGAGGGGGCGAAAUACCAUCGGAAAUUCUCAAAACUGUGAAAUUUGUCGUUUAUUUAAUGUAUUGUUAGGGCAUUUUUUCAGGACCGCGAUGGAGCGAAUGGCUUUAAAAGGACCCCUGCUGCGAGAAGCCUGGAAGGACGUUUUUUUUUUUUUUUUUUUGUGGGACUGAUUCUCCCUCUGACUGAGACACAAACCUGGAGGACUCAAGCUGAUCAUGUCAAAGACUUGUGCACUUUUCCCAUGAAGGUGGGGAGGGGGGUCGGGUAGAGGGGAAAUGAAUAACGUAAUUAAAAGAAGGCAGGAUUGACAGCACAGAAAUUGUUGUAGAGAAAAUGAGCUGGAGGAAUGGAGUGUGAGUGAGAGAGAAAGAGCGCGAGAAAGACAUAUUUCUGCUAUCAGUCACACUUUUUUUGUCUUGAAUUGGUUCUUGGCUUAAUCUUCUCUUGGAUGAGCAGACCACAAAUUUGGGGGCGGGGGAAUGGGGGAUGAUUACAUUCUGUCUCUUCAACACUAGUGUAAACUCUAAACUGUAAAGCCUACUCAGUGUUCUAAGUGUUGGUAUAGUAUCCGUGACCAUAAUCAAUCUACCGUACCGCUCUUUCAUUUGGGUGCUACAAUAUAUUUUUUCAGCAGAAGACAAAAUGAACUAAAGGCGGCGAUGUUAAACAGUUAAUGGUUCUUCGGUCAUUUGAGAUGUUGUUGUUGAUGAUAGUGGGUGUGAGCCUUACGUCCACCCGCACACGUGUAUAUUCCUGUCUCUAUGUAUAUAAACAAAACUGUUUUCUUUCAUUCAACCCGAUGUUAUCUACAAUACCUUGAAUGGACAUUACUGUGCAUUACGACGGAUCUGUCUUGAGUAUGAAAAAAAAAAAUGGAUUUGGUACUAAUGGAAAGCCUUCAUUAUCUGCGUUUAUAUUUGUCUAUAAAGGUUUGAUCACAAAGAAUGUAUACAGGGAUGAAAUUAAACGAGCUGUAAUUGCUUGGAAAGCCAUAA